UAAACAAAUAAAUUUUAGACUGAGCAGCAACUUUGUAAAAAAAAAAAAAAAGAACAACAACAAAGGCAGAUUAAUUUCCAUUGAAGACUUUGGCGAUCUUUUCUGUGGGCACCAAAGGAAGAUAAGCUGAAACCCUACAACCUUUCUCAGCCGAGGAAACAAUAACCUCGUUGUACUGCGCAGUAGAGAAAGAAAGAGAGAAACCCUAGCGAAGGCAUUGAAGAGAUGAUUCUUCGCAGAAUCGCAAUCACGUGCAGAUCAUACUACACGAGCAGGACAAAUAAACCUAGCCUGUACUCAAAAAUCAGUCCCCUCGGAAAUCCCAACACCAGUGUGGUUCCGGUGCUCGACGAUUGGGUGUACAAGGGGAACAAGGUCCGAGUCGCAGAACUUCAACGCGUCAUUCGCGACCUUCGCAAACGCAGUAGGUUCUCCCAAGCCCUCCAGGUAUCUGAGUGGAUGUACAUGAAGGGUGUGUGCGUAUUCUCUCCAACGGAACAUGCGGUGCAUUUGGAUUUGAUUGGCAAUGUUCAAGGAUACUCUGCUGCAGAAAGCUAUUUUGAUGCCUUGAGGAAUGAAGACAAAACUCAUCAGACCUACGGUGCUCUCUUGAAUUGCUACGCUCGGCAGCGGGAAACUGACAAGGCACUCUCUCAUUUUCAGAAAAUGAAGGAGUUGGGGUUUGCUUCGUCUCCACUAAAUUACAAUGUCAUUAUGUGCCUGUAUGCAAAGAUUGGACAGCAUGAGAAGGUUGCUGAUGUGCUAAGUGAGAUGAAAAAGAACCAAGUCAUGCCUGACAACUUCAGCUACAGGAUCUGUAUAAAUUCUUAUGGUGUGAGGUCUGAUUUUUGUGGAGUGGAAAGAGUGUUGAAAGAGAUGGAGACUCAACCACACAUUGUGAUGGACUGGAACACUUACUCUAUCGUGGCCAAUUUUUAUAUAAAAGCUGGGUUUAGACGCGAGGCAGUUUCUGCCCUAAAGAAAUCCGAGGAGAGGCUAGGUAACAAAGAUGGCGAGGGUUACAAUCACCUCAUCUCUAUGUAUGCCCGACUUGAACUGAAAAAAGAGGUUAUGAGAAUAUGGGAUUUGGAGAAAAGUUCUUGUAAGAGGUGCAUAAACAGAGAUUUCACAACCAUGUUAGAAUCUCUGGUAAAGCUUGGGGAGCUUGAUGAAGCUGAGAAAAUACUUACGGAAUGGGAAUCCUCCGGAAAUUGUUAUGAUUUUGGAAUCCCUAGUAUUGUAAUCACUGGGUAUGCACAAAAAGGUUUGCAUGAGAAAGCCGAGGCCAUCCUCCUAGAGUUACAAAAUAAGGAAAAGCUCACAAGCCCAAACUGUUGGUCGAUGGUGGCAGGUGGAUAUCUUCACAAAGGUGACACGGAGAAGGCAUUGGGGUGCUUUAAAACUGCCCUCUCUAUGUACGUGGAAAAUAAAGGAUGGAAGCCGAAUGCAAAGGUGGUUGCAGAACUGUUGCGUUGGAUUGCUGAUAACGGCAGUAUUGAAGAUGCAGAAGAUUUCAUCAGAUUGUUAAGAAAGGCCGUCCCAGUGAAUAGACAAGUAUAUCAUACCCUAAUCAAGACUUAUGUGCGAGGUGGUAAAGAAGUGGAUGAGCUUCUAGAGCACAUGGAGAAAGAUGGCAUUGUUGAAAACGAAGAAACUAAGAAAAUAAUUAACAUCAGGAGUGCAUGAAUUUUGAAACUUAGUUAUGCAUUUCUUCAACAGUGCAAUCUUCAUGAGUUGGUUUAUUCUGGGAUCAUUUUACUAGGAUUUAGUCAAGGAUCGAUUGAUUUAUUCUUGGAGUUCAACCAAGUCCUCGAAAGUGGUAAACUCCUUCACCUUAGUUCCCCCAUUUAAUUAAACUACAAAAUAGUUCUUGAA